GACGACGACGGGGACUUCACGCCGCCCAUCCUCAAGGAGCUGGAGAACCUCAGCCCCGAGGAGGCGGCCCACCAGAAGGCCGUGGUGGAGAGCCUGCUGCAGGAGGACCCAUGGCGCGUGGCCAAGAUGGUCAAGUCCUACCUGCAGCAGCACAACAUCCCGCAGCGGGAGGUGGUCGACACCACCGGCCUCAACCAGUCGCACCUGUCCCAGCACCUCAACAAGGGCACCCCCAUGAAGACGCAGAAGCGAGCCGCCCUGUACACCUGGUACGUCCGCAAGCAGCGAGAGGUGGCCCAGCAGUUCACCCACGCUGGGCAGGGGGGGCUGAUUGAGGAGCCCACGGGAGAUGAGCUGCCAACCAAGAAGGGACGGAGGAACCGUUUCAAAUGGGGCCCAGCAUCCCAGCAGAUCCUGUUCCAGGCCUACGAGAGGCAGAAGAACCCCAGCAAGGAGGAGCGAGAGGCGCUGGUGGAGGAGUGCAACAGGGCCGAGUGCAUCCAGAGGGGGGUGUCCCCAUCACAGGCACAGGGGCUGGGCUCCAACCUGGUCACAGAGGUGCGUGUCUACAACUGGUUUGCCAAUCGGCGCAAGGAAGAAGCCUUUCGGCACAAGCUGGCCAUGGACACGUACAGCGGGCCGCCAUCGGGGCCGGGCCCAGGCCCGGCACUGCCCGCCCACAGCUCUCCUGGCCUGCCCGCCUCUGCCCUCUCCCCCAGCAAGGUCCACGGUGUGCGCUACGGACAACCUGCAACCAGUGAGGGGGCGGAAGUGCCCUCGAGCAGCGGCGGUUCCUUGGUCACAGUGUCCACACCCUUGCACCAAGUGUCCCCCACAGGCCUGGAGCCCAGUCACAGCCUGCUGAGCACUGAAGCCAAGCUGGUCUCCGCAGCUGGGGGGCCUCUGCCCCCAGUCAGCACCCUGACAGCACUGCACAGCUUGGAGCAGACCUCCCCAGGCCUCAGCCAGCAGCCCCAGAACCUCAUCAUGGCCUCGCUUCCCGGGGUCAUGACCAUCGGGCCUGGGGAGCCUGCCUCGCUGGGCUCUACAUUCACCAACACAGGCGCCUCCACUCUGGUCAUUGGUUUGGCGUCCACACAGGCACAGAGUGUGCCCGUCAUCAACAGCAUGGGCAGCAGCCUGGCCACCCUGCAGCCUGUGCAGUUCUCCCAGCCGCUGCACCCUUCCUACCAGCAGCCACUCAUGUCCCCUGUGCAGAGCCACAUGGCCCAGAACCCCUUCAUGGCCACCAUGGCCCAGCUGCAGAGCCCCCACGCCCUUUACAGCCACAAGCCUGAGGUGGCCCAGUACACCCACACGGGCCUGCAGACCAUGCUCAUCACGGACACCACCAACCUGAGCGCCCUGGCCAGCCUCACACCCACCAAGCAGGUCUUCAUCUCAGACACCGAGGCCUCCAGCGAGUCUGGGCUUCACACGCCAGCAUCUCAGGCCACCACCAUUCACAUCCCCAGCCAGGACCCUGCUGGCAUCCAGCACCUGCAGCCUUCCCACAGGCUCAGCGCCAGCCCCCCAGUGUCCUCCAGCAGCCUGGUGUUGUACCAGAGCUCCGAAUCCACCAAUGGCCACGGCCACCUGCUGCCAUCCAACCACAGCGUCAUCGAGACCUUCAUCUCCACGCAGAUGGCCUCUUCUUCCCAAUAACCAUGGCAGCCACCUCCCAGGGGCUGGCACCUGAAGCCUGCCCAGCGACUUGGGGGGGGACCAGGGCAUCUGAGCCUGCAAACAUCUGCUACUACGGAGCUGCUGCCCUUCCCUAGACAAGUGGGCCUCGGCCCCACCCAGCUUGGCCAGCAUCAGAGAGGGAGGGCUCUGAGGUGCCCCCACCCGAGGACUGCCUCAGCGCACAAGGGGGGACUGUGGAGAGCUGGGAGGCGGAGCCUGCUCCUGGCAGGACGGGACUGUUCCUGCUGCUCCUGGUAAAUCCUGUCACUUGGAAAAGAGGGGACAGACUCUGGACGCCGGCACGGCCAGCCUGGGCCUCUGGAGAGCCCCAGUACUCCCAACAGAGCCCUGGCAGUCACUUCUCAGGACACAAGCCUGUGCAGCUGGGCCUCACUGAGCUGAGAGGCCUUAGACCAACCUGUUACCUACGCCCUGUCCAGGCCACUCCACCUGCCCCCUCCCUGCGAUUAACCCAUCUGCCCAUUUGUUCCCACCCAGCCCCCACUCACAUUGGCAUUCCGGAGGGGCUGUUCUGCCUGAGGCCUGGAGCUCAAGCAAAAGAAGGCAGCAGGGCUCUCAGCUUCCCCCUCCCGGGGCCCUGUGACCGUGUUUCCUGGGACAUUUGUUCCCGAGCAUCAUGCCUUCCGGUGCCAGCCUGUAUCUUGCCUCUGCUGAAAAGCCCCAAGGCUAGGAGGUGUCCUCCUCCUGUGGAGCCUUGCAGCUUGGUGCCUGGUGCUGAGUCCUGGGGCAGCGGCUCCUCUGGCCUCUGGGGCCCUGCAAACCCUCCCCUGGUUUGGAGAAGCUGCUGAGCUCAGAAGGCAGCAAGGCCUGAGCAGCUGGCAGAACAGAGGUGCCCAGGGGGAGAAGGGAGAGACGAGACCAGCAGAGAGGAGUCACCUGUGUGGACAAGCCUGGGGCCUGGAAGCCUGGGCCUGAGGGAGGAGGCGGCCCAGGCAGAUGCAGCCCGAAGAGCCCGAGUACCACCCGAGGAACAAGGUGCCGUGUCACCGGGCUCCUGCGGCCUCCCCUCCGAGGCUGCUGCGAGAACCGGACCCUUUAGACCAGCAGUCGCCAACCUUUCGGACCUCACGGACUGCCAGUUGGCGACGCUGCUUUAGACCACCUCCGUCCUGGGACCAUGAGGAGCUGCAUCCCCUGCAGCUGGCAGCCAGCUAAAGACGAGCCUGUACAUUAUU